AUGGCAGCCAGGAAUGAGAUGCAGUUUGAAAAGUUAAUUGAUGAAGCUACAAGAAAAAAAGAUUUCCAAUUAUUAGAACAAUUUCUGGCAACAGAAGACUGUGAAAAUGUCUCUCACAAAUGCAGCAAACAGUUUGUCAACAAAUUAGACAAGCUUCUGUGUCAGGAACUUGACAAACAAGAAGUCAAAAGCAUUUCCACUGUACUAAAUUUUAUUCAGAAAUGUGGGGGAAAAAUCUGCAUAGCAGGAGAAGAUGGGCUCCCAGCAAUGAUAAAAUACGGUCUUAUUGGAAGGAUGGUUAACUGGUUUGAAAAGGUAAAAGGAAUUUUCAUCCUCAGAGGAAAUGAAAAGAAUGAAAUGCUUACAAGUCUGGCUGAAGAUUUCUUCAACAUGUUGCUGGCUAUAUGUGAUAGCAGACCUGAAGGUAAAAUGCAAAUACUGGAAAACUUUGUUCUGAGAACAUGUACCCUCAUUGCUGAUGUAAGAAUUAGUAUUUAUGUUCAGCAAACUUUCUAAGCAACAGUAGUAAGAAAACUUAAUUUAAUGCUUGACAACAUGCCUCGAGAUGCCAGGAAAAAACUGUUUUCUACAAAGGAAAUGUUGCUUGUCAUGAGUGACAUGGGGAGGAGAAUUUUGGAUGCUGGAGACUAUGACCUGCAAGUAGCCAUUACAGAAGCUUUAUGCAGAAUGAUCUCAGAGAAACAAAGAGGAGAGCUGGCAUGCCAGUGGUUUUCCAUGGAGUUUGUGUCCAAUGCAUUUAAAGGAAUUAAAGAUUCUGAGUUUGAAACGGAUUGCAGAAAAUUUCUUAACCAAGUGAAUGGCAUGCUUGGCGACAAAAGAAGGGUUUUUACAUAUCCGUGUUUAUCAGCAGCUCUUGAUAAUUAUGAGCUACAGAUACCAUUGGAUGAAAAUCUUGAAGAAUUUUGGAUUGAUUUCAAUGUUGGUAGCAGAAGUAUAUCUUUCUAUGUGGCAGCAGAUGAUGCAGAUCAUCAGUGGGAAACAGUCAUUAUACCAGAAGAAGAGGUAGACCUGUACAGCCUUGAAGAAAAAGAUUCAAAGAAAUUAUUAACAAUAAAUCUAAAAAGCCCAAUGAAUGUGGGUAAUCAAGAAGGAGAUAAAUUUUUGUUGUAUUUUGAUUCUAUCUUGGAAAUCAAAGAUGUAACCAGAAAGAUUUAUGGAUUUAGUAAAUGUAAGGUUCUGAUACCAGAAAGUCAGUUGUCACCAUGUUCGGAAGAAAAAUCUGAAGAAGAGCAGAAACUCAGUAAGUACAAAACUCAGCAACUUCCUGGAGCUUUGAGGACUCUGAAUAAAAAUAACAGUCAAGAAAAACACAGAGGUGGUUCCUCCAAGAUAACUACAUCUUGUAAAAGGAAAGUGUCUGAAGCAUCCGUGCUUAUUCCUGGAACUACGAGAUUUUCCACAAGGAGUCCACUGGUAUUUGUUAGCACAUCCACUCCUUGUAAAGGACGAUUUAAACUACCUUUGGAAAUGAUGAGCUCUGCUGAAAGGUCUAACAAUAAUGCAGUUAAUGAGACCAGAACAAAGAAUUUCUGUCAAGAACCUACUGGAAGUGGGCAAAGAUGUAAACUAGACAAUGAAUUUUGUGAAACAGAACAGAUCAGGAAGUCAAAUAUCAGAAAUGAGACAAAACUACCUGAAAAGCAUAUGUGUGCUGAAGAAGUUUUAGAAAUGAUACAAGAGGCAGAAAUUGAGGCCGAACAAAAGCAAACUUUAGAUGAAGCAUUAGAUAUUGUUCCUGAUUCUCAGCCAGUAGGGAGAAGCAACAAACCUUUGCUGUCUGGUCUUUUGGAGAGUUCUUUUGAUAAAACCAAAACAUGGAAAAAAAGAGCAUGCUCUGUUCCUGAGAAGAAUAUAACAACUGGUGACAAGCAAAAGCUAAAUACGUCAUUGGCACGUACGUCCCAUCCAUUUUCUAUUGUUAGUGAAAGACCUGUGAAACAAAAAGCUUUUUGUUCAGUUUUUUGAAGUAUCUCUCCAGAUAAAUAAAUAAAUUUUAAAAGAGAAGAAAACAGAAAAUUAAAUGGUACCAUGAGGGAAGAAAACUGCAAAAUACUUAGUGGACAGUCAGAGUUAAUCAUUUGAAGCAAAUUGUUAAGUACAGAAGAGAAAAAUAUUUAAACUACUACUGAAACGUCAUUUAAAACAUUUCUUUCAGCGAGAGUGUCCGAAACAUCUUUGCAUUCUGAUUUUACAAGAGAGGUACCUGAUGUUCUCUUUAGAAAAGAGACUGCAAAUCCCAAACGAUCAAAGGCGAAAACAAAGGCUACAGAAAUGACAGAUGCAGCAAAAUCACUAAUUAGUAAAAUCAGUGACAGGUAUCAAGUAAAGACUCAUGAGAAAAGCAAAGCAAGAGACUCCUUGGGUUUUAACAGGCCACAUUUAAAUAAAUCCUGUGUCUCUAAGGUAACAUACUUUGAUAGAAACCUGAAAACCACUACUUUUCUUAAUAUAACUGCUGGUCAUAUUAUGGAUGAUGUCUACAACUUUAACAUCAGUGGGUUUGAUGAGCCUACAAUAAAGCUUGGAACUAGAAACAAUCAAAACAAGAAGCAUCUCUUUAGUGACACAGACACAGAAUACAGAGGUGAUGAUAGCAAGACAGACAUUAGUUGGCUACAAGAAUCAAAUAGAAAAUCUAAAGCCCAGUUAAUUGAUUACAGUAGAAAUAAAAACUUGGGGAAACCUAUAAGCACAGACAAAAAUAAAUUCUGUGAACCUGCUUGCCAUGUGGAUAAACCUAAAGGCAAAAAUGCAAGUAAGAAAAAGAUAAACAAAUGUAAAAACCAGAAUUCAAGAACUGAUGAAAUAAAAGAGCAAAGCACCAGAGAAAAACGACCUCGAAGAGCAGCAUUAGCAAAAAAUUACAAAGAGCCUUCCAGUUCAGAGUCAGAGAGUGAAAGGAAAUCUUCAGCAUGUACCUCUUGGGAGGAGAAAUCAAAAAGUCAGAAACAUUUGAAUGGGGAAAACAAGGAUGAUAAUCAACAAAAGGAACUCCAGAAUGUUGUAUCUAUGGAGCCAAAGAGAGUAGCUAACUUUGUACAUAAAGCAUUUAUUAAAUCAAUGAAUUCUGCAGAACAAAAGGAAAUUGAAAUGCCUUCAUCCGAGAGUCCUGCAUCUCUUGAGACAAUGAGAUGUGCUGAAAGAAUAUCAGAAGGAGAUAUUACUCAAGAGUGUACGUAUAGUGAAAGAUCGCCUGGUCUUCAGGAGUCAACACCAGAAAAAAGAGAAAUGUUAAACUUUGAGAAAGGAAUCUCUCCCAAUAAUUUCUGUCCACAAAAAAAGAAUAUUCAAAGCCUAUGUCUAGAACAGUCCCCUAAGACGACUGUUAAAAAGUUAACAUUUGGAAAUACAAGUUUCUCACCAGUUUUAACUGAAGCAUCUUUGGUAAGAAUAUUAAACUUAACAACAUACAAAUCUGUCAGUGGAAAACAUGCAAAGGGAUCUGUAUCUGAAACACGUGAUAAUAACGAAGACUCAAGUUUCAGACAUUGCCUUUCAGACACACUUUCUGUUAAAGGAAAGCUACAAGAUAUUGCUAAACCUAUCACCAAAAGUGAAGAGGAGGAUUGUGUACCACCAUCUCCAUUGUCUGCUUCCAGUGGAAGCAAAGCACAGUCUUGGAGUGAAGAACCUUACGGCCCCAUACAUGAGUCAGGACCAACUAUACAGACAUUUCUCAAACGAAGGUACCACAGUGAUACAGAAAGCAAUUCUGAUGAAGUAGAAACAGGCAAAGAGGAGGAAAAGAAAGGAAACAGAAGAACAAAAUUACAGCCUAGAAAAUUAUUUAAAACAGAUGAUGCUGUUACUUACAGAGUGUCUGAAAGCGUAUCUACUGUAUCUGUAAAUGAUCUGUCUGUUUUGGAUGGGGAAAUCUGGGAACCUGCUUGUUCAACAAUCAGUAUAUGUCAGAAGCUCCAGAAAGAAUUUACUAAGAAAAUUGAGAGCCGCUCACGGAAAAUGGAUCAUUUUACUAAGCAAUCAUUAAGAGUUGUCCAUGAGCAUUUAACAACAAUGAGUUACCAGCUUCAUGAAUGCAGGAUCAGGCAGCUGGACAAAUUUCAUUUUGCUCUCCUUGAGGAACUUGAGAAUUUUGAAAAAGAUUCUCAGUCCCUGAAAAACAUGGAAAAAGAAUUCUCGACCUUUUGGAAAAAACAUACACAUACUUUUGGUACAUACAUGAAAAAUGAGCAACAGAGAAUUCAGAUUCUUAAAACUUCAUUUGAAAAGAACAUCUACCAUACUGUUGACUAUGAAGAACAUAUUUUUACUUCAGAGAUGCAUCUGAUGAGAGAAGACAUAAAAGGACUGCAAGAGAAACUUCUUAAAGAAAUGCAAGAAGAGGAACUGUGUAAUGUUCGCAGAGGAUUGCAGACUUUGUUUCAGUCAGAAGAGAGAAUUCUGAAGUAG